AUGGCAGGACGUUCCUACAGCCCCCUCAUGCUUGCCCUCUCUUUGCUUCUUCUGCUCUCAUUCUGGAAUGUAGCUCAGAGGUUAUUUAUGAAAAAUGGUAAUAACGUGAAGAAGAAAACUGAACAGAUUGCAAACCCAAGUGCACGUACCGUUGCUCAGCAACAUCACACAAGAAGCCAUGCAUGUUUUUCUGCGAGAAGUGUUGUGCUAAAUGCCUCUGCGUUCCUCCUGGUACUUACGGCAACAAGCAAGUCUGCCCCUGCUACAACUCCUGGAAGACCAAGGAAGGAGGACCCAAAUGCCCUUAAAUUAAACCUAUUCUUUCUUUCAUGGGCUUCCAUGCCCCACACAUUCACUUCUCUUCCCUUCAGCUUUCAGAGGAUAACUGUUCUUAUAGAUUCUAUUUGUGUUGCUACUAUAUAUUUUUAA